AUGGUUGUUCACAAUCCUAACAAUUGGCAUUGGGUUGACAAAAACUGCAUUAACUGGGCACGUCAGUAUUUCGAAGAGCAUGUCGUUGGCGUGAAGAGCUCAGCUGGUGGGUCCAAAUACGUUGAAGUAGCUUCCGUGUCUUCCAUGGAAGGUGAUUGCGAAGUGAGUCAACGUAAAGGCAAAGUCAUAUCUCUGUUUGAUUUGAAGUUGGUGAUGAUGACGAAGGGAAAGGUUGACGACGAAGAGUUCGAAGGCAGUAUCACAGUUCCUGAGGUCGCAUUCGAUUCGGAAAAAGAGGAUUACCAAUUCGAAAUCUCAAUUUAUAAGGAGACAGGCAAGCUUAAUGAGGCCAGGCCCUUGAUAAGAGACCAGCUUUUGCCUCAGUUGAGGGACAUUUUUUCCCAAUUUGGACCUGCGUUGUUGCAGACCCACGCUAAUGAUAUUCAGGUUCCUCAAAGCCAGGUGAAAUCAGAAUACACUCGGGCUAAUUUGACGCAAUCAAAGGCGAGCGAAUCUGCUAGUUCAGAUACUCCAAAACCCACAUCGGCUGCAUCAACAAAAAGUUCUACUACCGGAGCAGAUUCGAAGUCCGCCCCAUCCUCCCUAUCUAAGGCUCCACUUUAUAACACCACGGCUCUGCAUUUGGAACCCACGUUCAAUGUUCCUGCAAUUGAACUUUAUCAAACAUUCCUCGACAAGCAACGUAUCCAAGCAUGGUCAAAAUCCCCACUAGUUUGCAAAUCGACUAAAAACGUACUCGAGGUAAACGAUGAGUUCACUAUCUUCGGAGGUAAUGUCACAAGUAAGUUGAUUGAGUGCAGCCCUGACAAACGCCUUGUGUUUGGGUGGCGUCUUAAUGAAUGGCGUCAAGGUCACUGGAGUAGGCUGACAAUGGAGUUUCACGAAUCUAAAGAGUAUCAUGAAACAAAGUUGCAGGUCACCUGGACCGGUGUCCCAGUUGGCGAGGAAGAUAAGGUCAAGGGUAACUUUAUGGAUUACUACGUGAGAAGUAUCAAGUUAACUUUUGGGUUUGGAGCUGUUUUAUGA